AUGGAAGGUGAGGCCAAACCUAAGGAGGAAAAUGUUGUUAAGGAACUGAAGGAGAACAAGGCUCAAGAAGAGACUGUGAGUGUACUCACACACACUCCCAUGAAGAUGAAGGAACCUGAAGACCAACCCUCUCUAGACGUACAAAAGGAGCCUGAGGAUGAGCAACUUGCUCAGUUCUUAGCAGUCCUCAGGAAGCUGCAAACGGCCCUGAAGGGGGAUGAAACUGUGGUGCUGACCAAGGAAUGCAGUGCCCUUGUGCAAAGGAAGCUACCUCCAAAGAUGCCAGAUCUCGGAAGCUUUCUGAUUCCCUGUACUAUAGGGACCAUCACAUUUGAGAAAGCACCAUGUGACCUUGGAUCAAGCAUCAAUCUUAUGCCUCUCUCUGUGAUAAAGAAGCUAGGGAUCCAAGAGAUGAAGCCUAUAAAGAUCUCAUUAGAAAUGGCAGACAAGUCCCUGAAAUGGGCAUAUAGACUGGUAGAGAACGCCCUUGUAAAGGUUAAAGACCUUUACCUCCCUGUAGACUUUGUGAUACUUGACACUAGAGAAGAUAGGGAUAACUCCAUCAUCUUUGGAAGGCCCUUCCUAACUACUGUGAAGGCCUUGAUUGAUGUGGAGAAAGGAGAGCUAACUCUGAGGCUAUGGGAGGAUCAUAUCCUGUUUAAGAUUCUCAAACCUCACUCUCUCGGAUAA